AUGAGAAUUCAUCAUGCAGUUUCUCGAAUUGGUUGCUUUUUAAUCAAGAAAUCGACCCGAGAUGCAUUUAGAAGCUGCCGAUCCUUGCAUUCAACAGUCCCGGUGCGUUCUGUAGAGCUGACAAAGGUCCGUUACCCGAAUUUGAAACGAGGUCCAUUUUCAGUUCUCAAAGACACAGAUGUGCAGUUUUUCGAACGUUUGUUGUCCGGUGCUGGACGAGUUUUAGCCGACGCAUCCGAGAUAGAAGGAUACAACACUGAUUGGCUGAAAACAUGUAGAGGGUGCAGUGAACUUGUUCUGCGACCUAAGACAACGGAGGAGGUAUCUGCUAUUCUCAAUUACUGUAAUACACGACGACUAGCUGUGGUUCCUCAGGGUGGUAACACAGGUCUGGUUGGUGGGAGUGUUCCUGUGUUUGAUGAAGUGGUAGUUUCAACUCAGCUGUUAAACAAGAUUAUCAGUCUUGAUGAACUCUCAGGAACACUGGUGUGUCAGUCUGGAUGUGUCCUGGGAAACCUAGAAGAAUAUAUAGCAGAUUAUAAUCUUACCAUUCCACUAGAUCUUGGAGCCAAAGGCAGUUGUCACAUUGGUGGGAAUAUAGCAACAAAUGCAGGAGGUGUUCGCCUCCUCAGAUAUGGAUCACUGCACGGCAGCAUCCUUGGUGUGGAAGCUGUCUUGCCCAAUGGAGAAAUUUUGGACUGUAUGUCUACACUUCGUAAGGACAACACAGGUUAUGACCUAAAACAGCUGUUUAUAGGGUCCGAGGGGACACUAGGGAUUGUCACAGCAGCCUCUGUUCUAUGCCCACAGAAACCGUCUGCUGUUAGUGUAGCAUUUCUAGGUUGUGAGAGCUUUGCUAAAGUGUUGGAUAUCUACAAGGAAGCUAAAGGAAUGUUAGCGGAGAUUUUAUCAGCCUAUGAGUUCCUGGACGAGGCAUCAGUAUCGGUGAAUAAGGAAAACCUCAAGAUGUCUUCGCCUAUUGGUGAUUAUCCAUUCUUUGUUCUGAUUGAAACUUCUGGAUCCAAUGGAGACCACGAUGAGGAAAAGUUGAACACAUUUUUGGAAGCCAUGAUGUCGAAAGGUUUAGUAACAGAUGGCACUGUAGUCACAGAGUCCUUGAAAAUCAAGGAUAUCUGGUCACUGAGAGAAAGAGUGGCAGAAGGACUGUUACAUGAUGGUUAUUGUUACAAGUAUGACGUGUCCCUGCCUCAGUCUAAGUUCUAUAACCUUGUUGAGGAUAUGAGAGAGAGGCUGGGAGCAUCAGUAAUUAGAGUCGUGGGAUACGGACAUGUUGGUGAUGGAAAUCUACAUCUGAAUAUGACCUCACCAACUUACAGUUCUGAGGUGAUGAGUAAUAUUGAGCCAUUUGUUUAUGAAUGGGUUUCCAAGUACAAUGGCAGUAUAAGUGCUGAACAUGGACUUGGAUUUAAGAAGAGAAAUUUCAUUCACCACAGCAAAUCUAAGUCAGCUGUAAGCUUGAUGAAACAGCUGAAGAAGUCUAUUGAUCCAAACGGUAUAAUGAAUCCAUAUAAAGUACUACCAGAUGACUAAAGGGAGAAUAGUCCUAAGAAAUGUUUUCUGAAGAGAUUGAUUUUGAUCUGGUGCUAUGUACAUGAAUGAUGUCAGAGUUUGUUUUAUGUACUACUACAGCUAACAAUUGCUGUAUAAGUUUGUACUUAUGUUGAUCUACAAUUUUCCAAAAUGUUUAGAAUAUUUAUUUCGGGGAUAUUUUUUUAUUUAUCUUAAUGAUUGUGUACCUUCUUUUAUGCACAAAAUCAAAGUUUUAUUUAUCUAGUGUACUUCAGUAUUGAAGAUGAGCAUACAUUUUACUUACAAAUGGCUAUGAAUCAUUCUCAAUAGAAAUACCAAAGAAACCACAUACCCAGGUUUUUAUCAUUUCCUGUAACACAAAUAUGACUUUGCAUUUUUGUAAUAGAAAUUUGAUAUAAAUGCAGUUUAAUUUUCACUGAUGUUUAUUAAUCACAUUCAUAGGGUGCAGGAUACAUAUACCCAUUGCUAACUUUAUUUAAGAAAAAACAUAAUUGAGAUUAUUGCUUGAAGGAUACAUCAAAAUACAUACAGGUACCUAUAAACUGGUCUGUGUAAGAGUACCUCAUUUGAUGCAAUGAAAUGUCAGGCUAAAACAUUAUCUCCUUUGAAAAUUAUCACACUGAUGAAUUAGCAUGUUUGCAAUAAAAAAAAUUAUGAGCAGCACACAUAUACUCCAGUUAGCAAAAUCUGGUUUUUGUGCAAUACUUUUAUUGCAAAAAGUGCUAAAAUAAAGUUACCACCAAUAAAUGUACAUGUAUAGGGCAUGAUUUUGUAUAAUAUAUGUACAUGUAUAGGGCAUGAUUUUGUAUAAUAUAUGUACAUGUAUAGGGCAUGAUUUUGUAUAAUAUAUGUACAUGUAUAGGAUAUGAUUUUGUAUAAUAUAUGUACAUGUAUAGGGCAUGAUUUUGUAUAAUAUAUGUACAUGUAUAGGGCAUGAUUUUGUAUAAUAUAUGUACAUGUAUAGGAUAUGUGUUUGUAUAAUAUAUGUACAUGUAUAGGGCAUGAUUUUGUAUAAUAUAUGUACAUGUAUAGGGCAUGUUUUUGUAUAAUAUAUGUACAUGUAUAGGGCAUGAUUUUGUAUAAUAUAUGUACAUGUAUAGGGCAUGAUUUUGUAUAAUAUAUGUACAUGUAUGGGAUAUGAUUUUGUAUAAUAUAUGUACAUGUAUAGGGAAUGAUUUUGUAUAAUAUAUGUACAUGUAUAGGAUAUGUGUUUGUAUAAUAUAUGUACAUGUAUAGGGCAUGAUUUUGUAUAAUAUAUGUACAUGUAUAGGGCAUGAUUUUGUAUAAUAUAUGUACAUGUAUGGGAUAUGAUUUUGUAUAAUAUAUGUACAUGUAUAGGGCAUGAUUUUGUAUACUAUAUGUACAUGUAUAGGAUAUGAUUUUGUAUAAUAUAUGUACAUGUAUAGGAUAUGAUUUUGUAUAAUAUAUGUACAUGUAUAGGGCAUGAUUUUGUAUAAUAUAUGUACAUGCAUAGGAUAUGUGUUUGUAUAAUAUAUGUACAUGUAUAGGAUAUGUGUUUGUAUAAUAUAUGUACAUGUAUGGGAUAUGAUUUUGUAUAAUAUAUGUACAUGUA